UACUCUCGCACCUUUCACGGCCAACCUGAAAAACUAGAUUAGUUCCUUUAAGCUAGCGCUAUAUAUAGUUUGAUAGAUACAUAGAUCGAUCGAGGACACCUAUGAACACACCGCUCCCACUAUAUAUCUAAACCUGCUGCUAGCUAUCUCCAAUCUUCUUCUUGUAUGUCAUUGAUAUUGUUUUCGCAUAGUUCAAACUAAACAAGAACAACCCAUUUCAUUUCGUUGAUCUCUUUCUGUUCUCAACCAUAGCUAUUGCAGAAUUAGUUAACAUUGUUUACUUGAGGAAGAAGAUGAGAGCAGGAGGUUGUACCGUACAAGGCCUAACUCCAGAAGCUGCAAACGUUGUAAAACAAGCGGUAAACCUUGCCCGGCGGCGGGGCCACACCCAGGUCACUCCCCUCCACGUGGCCAACGCCUUGCUGGCCGCCUCGGCCGGCCUCCUCCGGCGGGCUUGCCUCCAAUCCCAUUCCCAUCAUCCCUUCCAGUGCAAAGCCUUAGAGCUUUGCUUCAAUGUUGCCCUAAACCGCAUUCCUGCCUGUUCUUCUAGCCCCAUCUUGAUUAGUCCUCCUCACCCGCAAAAUCCCUCCAUUUCUAACGCGUUGGUUGCAGCCUUCAAGAGGGCACAAGCUCACCAACGCCGCGGAUCAAUAGAUCAGAACCACCAGCAACCCCUCCUGGCUGUGAAAAUAGAGCUUGAGCAGCUGGUAAUCUCCAUAUUGGACGAUCCCAGUGUGAGUAGAGUCAUGCGAGAAGCUGGCUUCUCCAGUACCCAAGUGAAAAACAACGUAGAAAAAGCGGUUUCCUUGGAACAAUCCUCGAGAUCCCAUUCCUCUUCUGCACCAAGAGGGCCAAAUCAGUUUAAAAACGAUGACGUCAUGAGUCUACUGGAAAGCAUGAUGAACAAGAGAAGAAAAAGCAUUGUGGUUGUUGGGGAGUGUCUUGAUACGGUAGAAGAUGUAGUUAAGGGGUUGAUGAACAAAGUUGACAGAGGAGAAGUUCCUGAUGCUUUUAGGGAACUGAAGUUCAUAAGCCUCCCUAGGUUCACUCUGCAGAAUCUCUCCAGAAAAGAGGUCGAAGAGAAGCUUGUUGAACUAACUUGCCAUGUGAAGAGCUGGGUGCACAAAGGGGUUGUUUUGUACUUGGGAGAAUUACUUAGGUGGACAACUGAGAAUAGGGCUGGUUCUGGUGAUCAAGAAAGGAAAUAUUAUUGUCCUGUGGAGCACAUGAUUAUGGAGCUUGGCAGAUUGGUGUGUGGAAUUGGGGAGAAUGCAAGGUUUUGGUUAAUGGGGAUUGCAACAUUCCAAACUUACUUGAGAUGUAAGAAUGGUCACCCUUCACUGGAAACUCUUUGGGGCCUUCAUCCUCUUAUAAUACCUGAGGGCAGUUUGGGCUUGAGUCUCAUCUCUGGCAGCCAUGUAGAAAGCGCGUGUAGAAGCAAGAAAACUGGAAAUGGCGGCUCAGACUGGCUUUUCUCUGAAGGUACAAAGGAUAAGCAACUCAACUGCUCUGCUCAUGAAUGCUCCAACAAGCUUGAGACUGAAGCCCCAAGCUUAAGAACCGGCAUUUGUACCAGUGAGGCCACCGCGUCAGAUCUUCCUUCAUGGCUCCAAAAAUACAAGGAUAAAGAAAGCAAAACGCCUAAUUAUUAUGGUGAACAGGAAAGUGUCCCAGUCAGAGAUCUUUGCGGAAAACAUAACCCAAUUGGCAGUUCUUCUCUCAAGCUUUAUUCUUCUCAGAGAACGUUGGCAUUCUCUUCUGAAUCACCUUCUUGCUCUUCUUUUGGUUUUUCGUUUGACCACCAAUACCCCAAUUUGAUGCCAACCUGCCAAGAUUGGCCAUUGUUCAAACACAAGCAGUACUUUGGUGAUCAUCAAUUUUCAAAUUUUGGUCCAGUAUUAAACAGAAAUUGUGAUCCCAAACAAGCAUGUUUCUCUAACCCUAGUUCUACUACUAAUUCUCCUGCGUCGAGCGAUGUGAUGGAGACUGAGUUAUACGUCGAAAGGUUCAAGGAGUUCAAUUCCAAGAAUUCCAACAUCCUUUGCAGCGCAUUGGAACAAAAAGUCCCAUGGCAAAAAGAUGUAAUUCCUGAGAUUGCUAGCGCAAUAUUGAAGUGUAGGUCUGGAGUGGUAAAAAGAAAAGGUAGUGAGGCAAAGGAAGAUACUUGGCUGCUCUUCCAAGGCUUGGAUGUGAAUGCCAAAGUUAAGAUUGCUAGAGAACUGGCCAGACUCAUUUUUGGCUCGCGUUCGUCUCUCGUAUCGAUGGCUUCGAGCAAUUUCUCAUCCAUGCAAGCUCAUGACCAUUCAGCUGAUCAAGAUUUGAGAAACAAGAGAUCAAGAGACAAGCAAAGUUGCUGCUACUUUGAGAGGUUUGCUGAAGCAGUGACUCUGAAUCCUCACCGGGUUUUCUUGGUUGAAGAUGUCGACCAAGCAGACUAUCGCUCGCAAAUUGGAAUAAAGAGGGCAAUUGAAAGGGGAAGAAUAACAAAUCCCGAUGGUGAAGAGGUGAGUCUUUGCGAUGCCAUCGUAAUCUUGAGUUGCCAAAGCUUCGGGUCGAGGUCGAGAGCCUGCAGCUUUCCUCCAAUCCAACAGUCACACAAUCCAGAUGGUGCUGAAGACGAGAAGUUCAGUGGGAUAGAGACGAAUCCAUCUUUAUCCUUAGACCUGAACUUAUCGUUUGAUGAUGACAGUUCAGAUAAACAGUCUAUCGACCAUGUAGGCCUGCUUGAAUCUGUAGAUGGACUGAUAAUUUUUAAGUUUCAGGCGCUGUAAAAGAAUAUAAAGUUUAGCUGUUGGCUGGCUCUCUCUCUCUCUCUCUCUCCUGUAAUUUUCUUACGUACUUUGAUUCUCAACCAUGUUCUUGUGAAUGGGAAUGAAUAUGGUGGAAAAAUAUGUUUUGGGCAUUGUAAAUAAUUCAUUAGCAAA